UUUGCCAGUGGGAGCGCGCACAGACGCACGGAGCGAGCGGGCAGGAGAGACACAAGUCCAACAUCCUCUGAGCGCCAUAUCUCUGAUCUGUUUUCUGGAGCGCUCCUGAACACCUGCCGCGGAGGGGAGAAGAAGAAAAAAAUCUCCGACUUAAUAGCGCGUUUAAACUCUCACCCAAAUUGUGAUGGAGUUUCCUACAGUUCCUUCAGAGGACUUUCAGGAGGUCUACUCUGGGUCUGCAACUCCUUAUUUAAAUGCCACAUUUUUAGAGGAUCUGCUGACUGAACCGUCUAAAAGCAACGAAACCAGCGGGGUCGCAGCCAGAGACACCUCGGGUCUCAUCAUCGCAGUCUGCAUCACGGCUCUCUACUCUCUCGUCUGCGUGGUGGGACUGCUGGGAAACGUGCUUGUUAUGUACGGAGUGAUCCGCUACACCAAGAUGAAGACCGCCACCAACAUUUACAUCUUCAACCUGGCUCUGGCCGACGCUCUGGCCACCAGCACCCUCCCCUUCCAGAGUGCCAAGUACCUGAUGAGCACGUGGCCCUUCGGGGAGCUGCUGUGCAAGGCGGUCAUUGCCAUCGACUACUACAACAUGUUCACCAGCAUCUUCACCCUCACCAUGAUGAGCGUGGACCGCUACAUCGCUGUUUGCCAUCCUGUCAAAGCCUUGGACUUCCGGACGCCUGCUAAAGCCAAGCUCAUCAACGUCUGCAUCUGGAUCCUGUCCUCGGCCGUCGGAGUGCCGGUGAUGAUCAUGGCGGCUACCAAGGUGACGGACAAAGGAAACACUGCCUGCACGCUCAGAUUUCCCAAGCCGGAGUGGUACUGGGACACCGUGAUGAAAAUCUGCGUGUUUAUCUUCGCCUUCGUGGUGCCAGUCCUCGUCAUCACCAUCUGCUACGGCCUGAUGAUCCUGCGGCUGAAGAACGUCCGGCUGCUGUCCGGCUCCAAGGAGAAGGACAGGAACUUGCGGCGCAUCACGCGCAUGGUUCUGGUGGUCGUGGCGGCUUUCAUCGUCUGCUGGACCCCCAUCCACAUCUUCAUCAUCGUCAAGACCAUGGUGGAGAUCAACCACAAGAACCUCCUGGUGGUAGCCAGCUGGCAUCUGUGCAUCGCCUUGGGCUACGCCAACAGCAGCCUGAACCCCAUGCUGUACGCCUUUCUGGAUGAAAACUUCAAGCGGUGCUUCAAUGACUUCUGCCUGCCGUACCGCUCCCGCUCGGAGCAGAGCAGCUUCUCCAGAGCGCGCAACAGCGCCAGGGAGCCCGUGUCUGUUUGCGUGCCUGCGGGGGUGCAAAGAGCGCCGGGCUGACAGAGCGCGGAUCAGGCAGAGGGAGAAACGGGUCAGGAUGGACUGCAGACUGAUGACACACAGUUCUCCACCACUGGAGUCUGAGGUUUUGACCUUUGACUGAACCGUGGAUGGGGUCCAUGUUGUGACCGCUUACCUAAAAUAUGAUUAAAGCAUUUUAUUUGAAAUAUACCAGUGCCUGUAGAUAAGAAAUCUAGACGUGUUCCCCUGAGCUUUGCAUAAAAAACCUAUUUAAUUCACACAAGAUUGUCUGACUAGAUUAAAAAAUCAAGUAACUGGCCCUGCUUUAUUUGACUUAAAGAAUAAUUUUCAGUUUUCACAGUUGGGAGCUCCACAUUUUACAGAGAAGAUUCAGGUGCGAGUUGUUUUAAAGAGUAUUUUUAUGGUCAGUUUGAGGCCAGUGAUGGCGCAUAGACGAAUCGGUGUAAUCGUCACUCUCCCACAGAUUCUCCCACCUGCCUCUGAUAACAGUCUGGACGAGAGCUUCUUAGAACAGCAGAGAUUAUUUUGUUGAAGAUACUCGUUGUGACCGUGGCUCAAAGAAACGCACAGUUUCGAAGUUAAAUGUCAUACAUGAGCCAAUAACAAAUGUCUAAAAAUUACAUUAUAAUCCUAAAAAUUGUAGCAGCCUGUAAAAAAUUGGAGGACUUAAAAAUCGUCAAUUUGAUGGCAUCUCUCUUUUUAUUAAUUCAAAAACAUGAUGAAUUUAGUAAUUGGCAAAGAACAUUUUUUGUCAAAAGUUGUAAAGUAGUAAAAGCAGCAGAUUGUUGGAACUAUGAGUUAUAAUUGCAGUUUGUAUUUAUUAGGUUCUCCAUUCAAAACAAACAAAUUAAAUGAAAGAAGUUUGAAUUAAAAAACAAAAACAGUAAAGAAAUUAGAACAUCUGUACUGCUUUCAGGUUUUCUACUUACAAUUUUCCGACUAAAAUGUAAAACAUUGGAUAUUUAUUUAUUAUUUAUUUAAUCAUUUCUUUAUUUAUUUCUUUUAUAUUUCAAUGGUUUGGUUUUUUGUAACACUUUUAUACAGACCAGGGAUGCAGCAAUAUUAACAUUUGGGUCGAUGAUAUCCAAUACUAAUACUGCUGUAUUUUCCAAUAUUAUAUAUAUAUUUCCCUGCACUUUAGAUACAGUAAAAAAAAUAAACUCGCCACCUGCACUGCUUUUCUGUUUUAGCUAUACAUCUCCCAUAAUCUUAUGCUGUCACUGUCACUCUGCCAUGAAACACAAAGAGCAACAAGAUGGAAAUAAACAUCAGUCAUUUAUUUCAGCCCAGUUUUUCUUGUAAGUUAAAAAAAAAAGACAAACUUUGUCUGAUACCGAUGUAGGCGCUGAUUUAUUGUGCAUCCCUAACGCAAACCCAAACUGGUUCAGAUCACAUAACAAACACUGAAAAAGUUCAGAGCUCCAGUUAUUGUCAUGAUACAUCUUUGAUUUCAUGCGAUUCUACAUGUGAAUGUCGAUAUGAGAUAUAUAUAUAUAUAUAUUUUGCAUUACUGGAUGUAUUUUACUCUAUCACACAGAAGCACUGCCUUUAUGAAUGAGUAGCAGUCACCUUUCACCUCUGCUCAGCUGAAUAUAAAGUCGUACAAAGAUGAGCGACUUACAUUUUUUUUAAGGUGUACUGGGGCUGGGGGUAGUUUAGUGCCAAUAAUGACGAGAGAAGACAUACUUGAGUGGUUGCCAUAUUUAACAUUGCACACUGUAUGAAACGUACUGUAAAGAUAGGGAUUUCUAAUGGCCUAUGUAUAGUAAUAUUAUUUAUUUUGUGGUUUUGUUUAUGUUUAUGCACAAAUGAGCAAGAGUUGGGUGAACAAAGUGUUGUGUAAAUAACACUGUAAAUAUUGAUUCUGUAGUGAAAAAUUAUAUAUUCUUUCGCACUUUGACUUAUUUAUUUAUUUUUGCCCAGAACUGAGAGAAGAGCAUUUACGCAAAAAGCAACACUUUUCUUGGUUGGUUGACUAUUUCUCUGUUGCAACACUUCGUGGAAAUAAAUCUUGUCCUGUUGGA